GAAAAAGAAUUCGAUGAAUUGUUAUUCGAUUAUGGUCUCGAGUUGGAUGAAGUGACAAAUGAACGAAUAGCAUUGGAAAAGGAACGAGGUGAUAAAAAGAAGGUGAAGGCAGAUGAAGAUGUGUGUGAAGAAGACGUCUAUAAGAUAGAACUACCUGCGAAUCGAUAUGACCUGCUUUCGGUGGAAGGUCUUUCUCGUGCGCUGCGAAUAUUUUUGAGCGAAAUAAAUCAACCGAAAUACGAGUUGCUGAAAGGACGAAAUAAUAAAAAUGAGAUGAUAAUCGUGAAAGCAGAAACCAAAGAAGUACGUCCGUAUGUAGUUGGUGCAAUAUUAAGAAAUGUGAAACUGGAUCAAGAUUCGUAUGCAUCCUUUAUUGACUUACAAGACAAACUCCAUCAAAACAUUUGCCGUAAAAGAACCUUAGUGGCGAUUGGCACUCAUGAUCUGGAUACUGUUCAAGGACCAUUUUAUUAUGGUGCAGAGAAACCAAAUGAGAUACGUUUCAAACCACUGAACGAAACGAAGGAAUUUACAGCUGAGGAGUUGAUGGUUCAUUACUCGAACGAAAGUCAUCUGAAGCCAUACUUGCCGAUUAUUGCUGGUAAAGAGCGUUAUCCAGUUAUCAGAGACAGUAAUGGUAUUGUCUUGUCUAUGCCACCAAUUAUCAACGGUGAGCAUUCAAAAAUUCAUUUGGGUACACGUAAUAUAUUCAUCGAAGCAACAGCAACAGACCUGCAGAAGGCAGUGAUCGUCUUAGAUACGGUUGUUACGUUGUUCAGUCAGUAUUGUGAGAAACCAUUCACAGUUGAAGCGGUCGAUGUGAAGGACGUCAAUGGAAACAUUGUGCAAUAUCCGGAGUUAGCGUAUCAUCAUCAAGAGGUGAACGUUGCUCGAAUCAACACGAAGAUUGGACUGAAGUUGGAUGCAAAGGAAAUGUCACAACUUUUAACGAGAAUGUCCUUAACGGCGAAUAUCUCCGAGAAAGACAAUCAAACCAUCGACAUUGGUUUACUCAUGAUUAGGUUAACAAUGCUAGUGAUAAUGAUGGUAACAAUAACAGUAAUAAUGAUAAUGAUAUUGAUGAAAGUAAAGGUGAUAGUGCCACCGACCCGACACGAUAUAUUACACGAAUGUGAUAUCGCCGAAGAUGUGGCGAUAGCGUAUGGUUUCAACAGAAUCCAGCACCAACUUCCAAAAGAGCAUACUAUCGCGGAAGCGUUUGAUUUGAAUAAACUUUCGGAUUUAUUACGUCACGAGGUCGCUAACGCCGGAUGGACAGAAGUUCUCAACUUCGCCCUGUGUAGUAGUGAUGAUGUUUCAACAAAGUUAUGUAAAGCAAAUGGUCUCGAAUCAGCUGUAAAGAUUGCGAAUCCAAAAACCAUCGAAUUCCAGGUAGCUCGCACCUCGCUAUUCCCUGGUCUGUUGAAGACAAUCGCGUCAAACAAAGAUAUGCCGUUACCUUUGAAAUUGUUCGAAUUACAGGAUGUUGUUAUUAAGGAUCAAAAUUCAGAGGUGGGUGCGCGAAAUGAGCGACGUUUAGCAGCGAUAUUCUAUAGUAAAUCGUCAGGAUUUGAGAAGAUCCAUGGAUUGGUGGAUCGAGUGAUGCAACUGUUGAGUGUGAAGUGGUUGGCGGGUGAGGACGGAUAUCGGUAUGAACCAAUUGAGGACACCACUUAUUUGGAUGGACGGUGUGCUGCGAUCAUGAUCGGAUCGAAGGAGAUCGGCAGGAUGGGUGUACUAAAUCCGGAUGUUCUGAAUGCAUUCGCUCUGACAUUACCAGUGUCUGCUUUCGAACUGAAUAUCGAACCAGGGCAAGCGGAAGAGAAACGAAUAGUAAAAGAUGUAUAUGGACUGUUUGUUGAUAAUUUUUAUUGCGGUUUGUACAGCAUUGCAGAAGCUGAUCGACUGGCCAAAAGAAAGAUCGAACGUGAAGAGGAGCGAUUGAAGGCGACCAAUCGAGACAUGAGUAUGUUCAAGAUGAAGAGUAUGCUCGCCAUCGGCUUUGCAUUCACGGCGUUGCUGUCCACAUUCUCAUCACUGUUCGAAGGUCGUGUUGUGGCCAAAUUACCGUUUACGCCGAUAUCUUGGAUACAAGGCUUAUCGCAUCGAAACUUGUUGGGUGACGAUCACACAGACUGCUCGUUCAUCUUCCUCUACAUCCUUUGCACGAUGACCAUCCGUCAGAAUCUGCAGAAAGCACUCGGAUUCGCACCGUCCCGAGCCAUGAACCGACAGUCGCAACCGAAUUUCUUCGGCACCUCCAAUAAUGUCUCUCCGAAUUUCAGUUAUUUACGUUGAUUAUUUUCAUCAUUCUCCGGCUAUUCCAUCUCUUAUCCUUAUGUUUAACAGUUAAUAGUUUCGCGUAAACACGUCAUAGUCUAAUCUGUUAUCAUAUUGUCAUAGUUCUCAUGAUUGUUACGUUAUCACCGUCGCUGUUAUUACCAAUAUUUUGAAUAUUUCAUAUCGUCAAUUUCAUGAAAUAAAACUCAACAGGCGA